GCUGCUCCUCAGACACAUUCAGACAUCCACUGUGGCGGUCAGAGAACACGUUGCAGCUCUGCAUUCAGUUCUUCAUUGUCUGUGGGACAUUUUAUAGUUUCUUUACUUUUGGAACAAAUCUAACCAUUAAAUAUUUACUCCUGUUACCUGGAGAUACAAUUCAACUGCAGGGUGAAAGGGAGGAACAUUGGAACAACCAAAAGGUAUGAACUGCUGUUAGUUACCAAGGAGGAACCCAUCUGACAAACAACAAGAAGACGAGAGACUCCAUACUGUUUACAGCGUUCAUAAGGGUUUUACUGUAUCAAACCAACGUUCUACAGGGAUCCACCGGAACCAAACUAUUCUGACAAUUAUCUCAGUAGAUUUGACUGACGUUGGAAGAGAUGAGAUCUAUGUUUUCCCACCCUGCCGUCCUGUUCCUGUGGAUUCAGAGUUCUAGUGGAUGGAUGCAUCCUAAAUGCCAGAUUUAUGACAGUAGUGAAGACUUGGAACACUUUCCCACCUGGACCUGCAGCCACAUACCUCAUCAUGCAGAACGUUACACUGCUGCCUGUCAUGAUGUCACAGCCAUCGAGGAGGAUCUACUUGGACUUCCCCCUAAUAUCAAUACCCUCUGCAUAUUUAUGACACAUGGUGAAAAUAGAUCCAUGUCUCUGGGCUUUUUCUCUCAGUUUCAGGAUCUGGAGUACCUGUACAUUGAUGGCUGUUUUACUCAAAUCCUUCCAUCUGGGAACAGUCACCUUCCAUCUGGGAACAGUCACCUUCCAAAUCUGCAACAUAUGUACUUAAGUAAUUGGGGAAUGGACUCAGAUUGCUGUGAAUGUCAUAUUGGGCCCCAUACAUUCAGAGAUCUCGUGAAGCUGAGUCAUUUGACUCUUUGGAGUUAUAGACUAUCAGCAAUGUCCCCGGAUGUUUUCCAUGGCAUUCCUCUGUUACAAAGUCUCAUCAUUAGUGAACCCUAUUUAGAGGAUUUGUCAGAGAUAGCAUGCAGAAUAAUGAAUAUUAAGUCACUUGUUAGGUUAUCUGUAGACGCAACAAACAUACAAUCGUUAAACAUUUCAAACUGCUCCAUCUUAAACACCAACGAAAGCAUGACACCUGUUUUUAACAAUCUAGCGAGGGUUGACUUCUCAUUUGGUGAAAUACCACAUAUAGAAGAAGGUUCACUGGCUUGGCUCCAGAACCUCACAAUGUUAGCAGGGGCUUUCAGCCAGGAAGUCCUACUGGACCUUCCCCUGUCUGGGAUAAAACAAAUCCAGGACUUCAGAUGCUCUGGGAUCAAUGUCAUUGAUAUUGAAAGAAUCUGUAAUGUAGUGUUUUUGCUUUCAAUCAAGAAAAUAUAUGUAAACAAUUUCAAUACAAGCAGCCUCUCUAUGUCCAGUGUUGAGUUGUGCACUGGGCUAGAAUAUAUGUAUUUAAGUGGACUUGGAUCCGUCCAUCCUUCUCCCCAUUUAAAAUUGAAUUUUAUUUCCAGUCUCAAAAACCUUAAUCAAUUAAAAAUAGACGGCCUGGAAGAUAACAGACUUGAUAUUUGCUCCUUCCAAAAACAACCAAUAACAUGGUUAACAAAUCUCACUUUAGGGUUGAAGAAUCAAAUGCUUUUUGCUAAACAAUUCAUCUGUCUUGUUAAGCUGCAGUAUCUGGAUAUAAAACUGAAUUUAAUUUCAAACAUUGAAGACUUUGCUUUCCUGGGAUUGACAAAUCUGGAGUCCUUAGACAUUACAAGUAAUAACAUAACACAGAUAAAUGCAAACACAUUUGAUGGUUUACAUAGUUUGACAUGGUUAGACCUCAGGAACAAUCCACUUAUUCACAACAUUGAGGCGAUGUCUUUCACACACCUCAUGUCUCUUAGACAAGUGUUUCUCGGGCAAGUGCACAAUCCACUAACAGAACCUGUGAUCAAGCUGAAUCUGACACUUAUAUUUGGUGGAAUUCUGAGUCAGCUGACUCAUCUGUACAUUAGUUCAGCUAUGAGGCCAAUGCAGUUGACUAUCGGCAGUAACAUCACAUCUAAACAGAACCUGAGUCUCCAGCUCAAAGGCCAGACAGUGUCAUUUCAGGACUGUGACAGACCUUUCUUUCAGUCUGUAACCCAUCUUCAUGCUGAUGCUGAAGAAUUCCUUUGUGGAUCUGAAUUCAUGGGAAAGUACUUCACGUCUGUGGAGACAUUUGACUACAGAUCGAAGCUUUCAGCUAAAAGGGUUGAUUUAUCAUCAAUUAAUCAGCUGAUUCACCUGAGGAAACUGACUCUACGACAGGUGGAUCUUUUAACACAGCGUUCUGCCGACAUCACUUUUCACAACUUGACCAAACUGGAGGUUCUGGAAAUGUACCACUGCAGGAUUUACUCUUUAGAGGGGAGUUUAACUAAAGACUUGAAAUCUUUGAAAAGAGUGUAUUUGCUUAUAGAGAACAUUUAUAAUGUAUUCUAUAGCUUUACUGAACCUCUCUCUAGCCUUAAGCAUUUGACGUUUAAUAAUUUACAGAUGUUUUGCAGUUGUGACAAUGCUUGGCUCAUUACAUGGGCAAAGGGGUGCAGGCAGGUUGAAGUGAUCAUGCUUGGUCCGUAUGCUAAAACCGGUAUGUAUGCUUUGGAGGACUUGAUAUGCUUGUCGGACAAUGGAAUAGACACACCUAAUUUUGUCAAGUACACAGAAGCCAACUGCACAACAGAGGUUGGCUUUGUGCUCUUUGUUGCGACUGGCCUGGGAGUCCUGUUCUUCAUGCUGGUGGUGUUGGUCCAUAACCUGGCCGGCCCCUACCUCCUCCCCCUCUACCACAUCACCCUUGGCUGGCUGUUAGAAGCCAUGCGAUCCAACACCAGGGGGCGCUACCACUACGAUGUGUUUGUCUCCUAUAGCGGGAAGGACGAGCGCUGGGUGGUGGAGGAGCUGCUACCUAAUCUGGAGCAGAGGGGGCCUCCUUUCCUGCGCCUCUGUCUGCACAGCAGGGACUUCCAGCUGGGGAAGGACAUUGUGGAGAACAUCACAGACAGCCUCUACCGGAGCCGCCACACCCUCUGCCUAGUCAGCCGCCACUACCUACGCAGUAACUGGUGCUCUCUGGAGAUGAAGCUGGCCACCUACAGGCUGCAGGUGGAGCAAAGGGACAUCCUCCUCCUGGUCUUCCUAGAGAAGAUCCCCCCUCGCCGGCUGUCUGCCCACCACAGGCUGGCUCGCCUGCUGAAAACCAGAACUUAUCUGGACUGGCCCCAGGACCCUAAUCAGCACCAGGCAUUCUGGGACAGACUGUGGGCUAAACUGAAACCUCAGACUGAGCAUGAGAUCAGAGGUUGAUGUUGAACCUUGUGGACUGAAGAUAGACAUCAGCGGUUGAUGUAGAACCCUGUGGACUGAAAAGUGACAUCAGAGGUUGAUGUAGAACCUUGUGGACUGAAGCAUGAGAUCAGAGGUUGAUGUAGAACCUUGUGGACUGAAGCAUGAGAUCAGAGGUUGAUGUUGAACCUUGUGUAUAGAAAUCAGAUGUUGAUGUUGAACCUUGUGUUAUUGCAGAUGCAAUGUUGACACAUAUAUUGAGCUGUUGAAUUUGUUGUUAAAAGUCCUCCAUACAAAAUGUCUACCACUGUUUGAAAUUUGUUUUGUCAAUUCCUUUUAAAUGCUCUGUCUGGAGUGUACUUUUUGUGAUUCAUCUGAAAUGACUUUUAAUAGCCUUAUUUAAAUUGCUCAUAAAAAAGCCUAAACAUUUUUUAAAUUCCCUAAAUUUUAUCAGAUCCUAUUUGUAUUUUUAAACACCUAAUUGCUAACACAUAUCUUUGUUUGUAUAUUUUUUGCUAAGAGGAACUAAAAAAGGGUGUGACUACUGUGUACUGCAGUGAAUAACAAAACAUACAUGACCAAUGACCAUGAAGCAGUUAUUAAUGACUAUACAUGAAUGACCAAUGACCAUGAAGCAGUUAUUAAUGACUAUACAUGAAUGACCAAUGACCAUGAAGCAGUUAUUAAUGACUAUACAUGAAUGACCAAUGACCAUGAAGCAGUUAUUAAUGACUAUACAUGAAUGACCAAUGACCAUGAAGCAGUUAUUAAUGACUAUACAUGAAUGACCAAUGACCAUGAAGCAGUUAUUAAUGACUAUACAUGAAUGACCAAUGACCAUGAAGCAGUUAUUAAUGACUAUACAUGAAUGACCAAUGACCAUGAAGCAGUUAUUAAUGACUAUACAUGAAUGACCAAUGACCAUGAAGCAGUUAUUAAUGACUAUACAUGAAUGACCAAUGACCAUGAAGCAGUUAUUAAUGACUAUACAUGAAUGACCAAUGACCAUGAAGCAGUUAUUAAUGACUAUACAUGAAUGACCAAUGACCAUGAAGCAGUUAUUAAUGACUAUACAUGAAUGACCAAUGACCAUGAAGCAGUUAUUUUAUUUGAACAUCGAUCGAAGAGAUUUGUACAGAAAUGUUGUUGCUAGUUGUUUAACUAAAUGUAGUUGCUAGUUGUUUAACUAAAUGUAGUUGCUAGUUGUUUAACUAAAUGUUGUUGCUAGUUGUUUAACUAAAUGUUGUUGCUAGUUGUUUAACUAAAUGUUGUUGCUAGUUGUUUACCAAAAUGUAGUUGCUAGUUGUUUAACUAAAUGUUGUUGCUAGUUGUUUAACUAAAUGUUGUUGCUAGUUGUUUAACUCAAUGUUGUUGCUAGUUGUUUAACUAAAUGUUGUUGCUAGUUGUUUAACUAAAUGCUGUUGCUAGUUGUUUAACUAAAUGUUGUUGCAAGUGUUUUAACUAAAUGUGUUUGCUAUUUGUUUACCAAAAUGUAGUUGCUAGUUGUUUAACUAAAUGUGUUGUUAGUUGUUUAGCUAAAUGUGGUUGCAAGUUGUUUAACUAAAUCUAAUUGCUAUUUGUUUAACUCAAUGUGUUGAAGUUUUUUGCCUAAAUCUAAUUGCGAGUUGUUUAGCUAAAUCAUGUUGCUAUUUGUUUAAAUAAAUGUGAUGCUAUUUGUUCAACUAAUUGUAGUUGCUAGUUGUUAACUAAAUGUAGUUUUUAGUUGUUUAACUAAAGGUAGUUGCUAGUUGUUUAACAUUUUGUAGAUGCUAGUUGUUUAACUAAAUGUAGCUGCUAGUUGUAUAACUAAAUCUAGUUGCUAGGUGUUAAACUAAAUGUGUUGCUAGUUGUUUAACUAACGGUGUUGCUAGUUGUUUAACUAACGGUGUUGCUUGAGUGUAGCCUGUAUAUGGUUCAUUGCACAUAUAUUUGAUACAUGUCUUAACUCAUGGGAGUGGGGAGGGGGACCCCUUUCUGGACAAUUAAGUAUUUUCUGCGCAAUAUUGGAGGAAACCUAGUUUUGUUGUGUUAUUUCAUUAUUGUUUAUGCUUUUGAUAAAGGCAUUCAUCCGAAACGUUGGAAACUAUCUUCCGUUUCUGUUUUUAAAUAAAAAGCAUCACUGCAUUAGAAUAA